AUGAGCAUCACAACCCUUGCGGCAACCAGAGUAUAUCUCGGACAAAAGUAUGGUCAUAAAGGAGAAGAAAUAAAGUUGAGUUUUGAAGCUUUUCCAUAUACAGGAUUAGCAAAGACUUAUUGCGUGGAUAGCAAUGUGGCGGACUCAGCGUGCAGUGGAACGGCGUAUUUGGCUGGAGUUAAAGCCAACAGUGGUACAUUGGGACUCAGCGCUGCUGUUAAACGCGGCGAUUGCUCCGGACAGAAGGAAGGCGUUCAUUUUGUAUCCGGGCUCAUGGAGUGGGCACAAAAAGCGGGAAAAGCUACUGGUAUAGUAACAACAACAAGAAUCACGCACGCCACUCCAGCGGCAUCGUACGCUCAUUCAGCGGACAGAAAAUGGGAGGCAGAUACUGACAUGCCAAAGGGCAGUCGCUGUGAUGAUAUAGCACUGCAGCUGGUGAGAGGACGAGUGGGAAGUAGAAUUGACGUUAUUAUGGGGGGUGGAAGAAAGAACUUCCUGUCCCACAAAUUAAAAGAUAUAGAAGGUAAUCCUGGAUACAGACGUGACAAUGCGGACCUGAUAAAAGAAUGGCAGCUAAAUAGAAAAUCACUGGGAGCGUCUCCAAAAUACGUGUACAAUAGAACACAGCUGCAGUCACUCGAUUUGAAGAAAUAUGAUAGUGUCUUGGGGCUUUUUUCGUAUGAUCAUAUACCAUACCACUUGGAGGCAGGCGAUGAUGUCCCAGCAUUGAGUGAAAUGACUGAAAAAGCUAUUCAGAUGUUGUCGAAGAAUAAAAAUGGGUACUUCUUAUUCAUCGAAGGUGGGAGAAUAGACACAGCUCACCAUGAGACGAAAGCUCGUAAAGCUUUGGACGAAACAGCUGAAUUAGCGAAGGCGGUGGAAUUAGCAUUGAGGAUGGUGGAUACUGAGGAAACCCUUAUUGUUGUGACAUCAGAUCACAGCCACACCAUGUCGUACAGCGGAUAUAGUAAACGAGGGACUGAUAUCUUGGGAUUCACGAAUAUAAUGAACGCGUCAGAUAACAUGCCGUAUACGACUCUUAGCUACGCGAAUGGACCUGGCUAUAAGCCUCAUGAGGAGUUCCAAAGACAUAACUUAAUGUUGGAUGAUAUAGGAAACCUCAACUAUACGUACCCAUCGUUGGUACCGAUAGCCAGAGAAACCCACGGCGGGGAGGACGUGGCGAUCUUUGCCAAAGGACCAUGGUCGCAUCUCUUCACUGGAAAUUACGAGCAGAAUUUCAUUCCUCAUGCCAUUGCUUUCGCCGCCUGCAUUGGCCCUGGAUUUACCAGCUGUAAAUCAUGA